UUGUGAGGAGGGCUGGCCUCACGGUAAUGACUGGAGUCAGGUAACCGCCGGACAGACCGACUCUGGUCCUCCUCACACACGCAUACACUCCAAAAACGCGGGUUUGGAAGAGCAGGAGAGCGCCGAAAGGCAGGACUCUUUCACUUUUUCAAGCGCUUUCUGUUUGACGAGGACUUUAUUUUCUUUCAAAGUAAAAAGUUUCACACAUUUGACGACGCGUCGUCCAGCCUUCAUGUGACGACUGUCACAUUUUGGGGCCAGCUCCGCGCUGAAGCUACUCAGGUGUACAGUUACACUACCCGGGGAAGUUUGUGUCGCAUUUUUUUGAAACUCUUCUUGCUCUCUUCAUAAAAUUUAUUGAGCCGGAAGAAGGGUCGCUUUUUUUCUCCCCGCAUUUUUUUUUAACUUUUCUAUUUUGUGUAAUUCAGCUUUCCCACUGUGUUGGACUUAUAAUAUCAUCAAGCGGGCAAGCCUGAGCUGGCGCUCUCCUGGAGCCCUGAUGAGACACAAGCCGCCGCUCCCCACGGAGGGUUAUACUGUGCCGAGAUGGAUGAGGCUGAGAAAUACAAACAGCGCAUUGAGGCCAUCGCUGAGAAGCGUCGGUUGCAGGAAGAGCAGGACAGAUCCAGAAGAGAGAAGGAGGAUGAGAAGCUCAGACUACGGCAGUUCAAGAGAAAGUCGCUGAGAGAGCAGUGGUUAAUGGAAGGAGCUCCCUUGUCCCCGACCUCUCUGGACGCUGAGAGCCUUCACUCCCCUCCAUGGAGUGCCCAGGCCCAGGAUAUGGAAGAGCACAUUGAAAAGUCGCAGUCAGAGAAUAAGCAGUUGGCAGAAGAGCAAGAAAAGCUGGAGAAAAGGACAGAGGAUGGUGAAACGGUAAAAAUGUCACAUGCUGGAGAUGAAGUGGUCAGUGAUGUUGCACAGAAUGGAGAAAACUAUUCAACUGGAUCAGAAACAACUGAAGAUGAUACAGAGGUAAACCAAGAGGCACCACUGGAUGAAAAUGGAGUCAUUGUAACCAAUGGUGUGGAAAAAACUGAAGUUAGUGCUUCAGAUGAAAAUAAUCAGUCACUCACUAAUGGGCCAACCAGUGAUGUUAGUGUGGAGAUGGGAAAGAAUUCGGGUGUUUCUGAGGAAGAUCUGGUCCAGGUUCCAAAUACCAAUGUUAAAGAAGAGGAGGAAGAAGAAGGGACUUUGGUGAUGAGAGCAGAAUGCAUCUUCAUCACAGAUGAUGGGGAUGAUGUUUCUGGAGAGGUUGUGUCGCAGGCAGAUCGACAGGAAUCCGUGCAGUCAGACCAGAUUCUUCUGCCAAAUCCAGAAGCCAGCAAAGAGGGAGGGGAGGCUGCAGAGGAGAAUGUACAAACAGAAACUUUUACAGAGCCAGAGAGUGAGCCAUGGGGAGACAUAGAUGAUAGCAUAAAGACAAAUCCAGAUGAAGAUGGAGAUGUAAAAACUGAGGGCCAGGACAACGAAUUGAAAGAUCCAGCCUGUGUGCAGUCGCAGUCCCUAAUCAGUCCUCCAGAGAGCACUGUGGUGGCUUUGUUGCCUGUCUAUAUUGAGGCACAACCUUCUAGUCUUAGUCCUGAUCUACAGGUUCAAGCUGAAGAAUCAGCAGCAGUACCAGAGGAAACUGAGGCAGCAUCAAAAGCACAAGAGGCUACCUGUCUUACUGAUCAGUUCCAGGAGGUGCCUCUGGCUGAUGCCCAAGAAAACCAAAGAACAGAGGCAGGGCCUGGGGAGCAGGACCCCUCCUGUUGA